CUUUUUAUGAAUUAUGGAGAAGUUAAUGUAAAAGGUAUUGUUAAAUUUGAUAAAUAUUAAUAGAAUGAUCAUUGGUACUCAUAUUUUGAAUAUAAAUAUGUAAUUGGUUCGUAUGUAAACAUUUCCGAAAGAGAAUUGUUUGUCAAAUAGGUCAUCAGAUAACUUGAAAUUAUUGAAAAUGAAUUAGAGUAAAAUUCAAUUUGAAGAUAUUUGGGAGAAAAGAACUAUAAUGUUCUAUUUACUUGACAGAAAGUAAAGAACAAACAAUAAAAGAAAUCAUUAACCUAAUAUAUUAUUAUUUGGAUGGGUGAAGACUUUGAACUCACCAGUCAAAUAUACUAAUUGCUAAUUAAACUAAAAAACAUAAUUAUACUUUCUAAAUUUACAACUUGAACCUUAAGAAGUUACCAAUCCAAUUAAAUUCUAAAUCUAUAUGUAAGCCUAAUUUAAAGAAUAAAAAAUUUUAGAACUUAUUGAAAUCAUUACAAAAAGUUUAAAACUAACCUUUAGAAAUUAACCCAUAAAUAUAUGUGAAGAAAUAACACUAGAAUCUAAAUGUUACUUUCUCAAAUGA